UUCGACAUGGUGAUAGGUAUCCUCUAUAUGCCAUUCCCAAGACAAAGAGACCUGACAUCGACUGUAUGUUGGUGCCCAGCAGCCCCAGCAGCCUCAGCCGUGUUGCCUUGGAUACUCCAUCUCCUGCAGCAUCUGUAAAUUGGCCAAUUCAACAGGAGGAUUCAUAUUCUAAAUAAAAGCCAAGUCGUGGGGUGGGAGGGGGAUUGCUUUGUCAGCUGGGAGCCUGAGUGCUGCUGCAAAUCCUGCUGCUGAGAAAAAUGGGUGUUUGUUUUCCCAGUUGUACAGGGAUAUGUACUGAACAAGAAGUAAGCUUUGAAUUUCUAUUCAGAAAGAUGUCCAACAGUCAUAUUUCACAAUGCACUUCUGCAGGCAUGUGCUUAUUUUGUGCUCACUUUAAAUACAGUGUAAUCCAAAGUUAAGUAACUUGAAUCUCCAUAUCUAAUAUUAUUAAUACGCUGUAUUAAUACACUGGAAUAUAAAUUAGUCAAUUAUCAUCCCUUUUUAAAUUUUGUCUUGAAAGUUAAUUUAUUUUGCGUGCUAUUUUUUCAGAAAAUGCCUUUUGCAAAGUACAGAUAAAUACUUUGCUUUCUUCUUUCCUUUCUUUCUUCCCACAAGUGAUUGCUGGCAGUUUUAUCAGCACAGGUUGGAUUCCGUUAGAAUUCUUUCAGGCUUUUGUGAGCAAAGCAGAAAAAGAAGCAGAAUGGAUAAUGCAGUUGUUCUAGUUUUCUAUCACAUGUAUUUGCAGAACUUGUUAAUUAAGUGAACAGCAUUUAAGGAAAAUUUUGAUUGUCAGUUUAUUCAUGUGUAGAGUUUUGUGAAGUUCAAGAUUUAGAAAAUUGGUGGUUCAGCCUGCUACCUCUGUAAUAAGCUUAAAAGGCCAUUUGCUAAUGGGUGUAAUUUAAUUUUCUCAACUUACUUCUUCAUUUUUAGAUUUCACUGCUGGGCUGUGAAAAUAGUGCGAUGUACAAAAUGUUCUCUUGGAAAUUUUCUUCUGGAGCUGGAGUGAGCUUCUGAUGUACGAUUGUACAACAGGAAGCCUCUGCUGCUUGAGAAACGUAAACCAGGCUUCGUUCCUUUUUCUGCUUUGCAAAUACUAAUCUUCAUUUGCCCUGCUGAAAUUACAAUGUACAGAAGAAGCUGUGGAUUUAGAAUAUCAUAAAUUGGCUGGUUUUCCUUUAAUUUGAAGUAAAAAUGAAAAAAUGAGUCUGAUUUUUAAUCUCAUUAUGCUUUUUGUCUCAUUUCCUUUCUUUUUCUUACUGGCAGUUGUGGCAUAAUGGUAGCAUUUUCCUGCCAGGAUGGUUUUUUUCCUGAAUGUAAAUAAAAUACUGGAAAAUUCCAAUUUUAUAAGAUGAUAUGAGCUACCUUUCUGUUGACAGACAGAUUCUUACGAGCCCUCAUGCCUAUGCAGGCUGUGAGCAUAGCCCUGCAAGAGGUCCUCUCAUGUAUGAUAGUUUCUCAGCUGGCUCUUCUAAGAAACCUUCUCAUCCUCAGCUUGAAGCCUUCAUUAAGCAUAUGUCCAAAGGGUCUGCAGCCCAAAUGGAUGGUUCCCUGAGCAGCCUGCCUCGCUUCCCCAGUCAUUCUCUAUGUGAAAUGGGAGAGCUUACGCAGAUAGGGGUUGUACAACAUUUGCGAAAUGGACAACUGCUCCGAGAAAUUUAUAUCAACAAACACAAACUGCUCCCUGGUGACUGGACAGCCAAGCAGCUCUACUUGGAGACCACAGGGAAAAGCCGAACCCUGCAGAGUGCUUUGGCGCUGCUCUACACCUUUUUGCCAGAUUUUGACUGGAAGAAAAUCAACAUGAGGCACCAGUGGAGCACCAUUUUCUGCUCGGGAAGCUGCGACUGUCCCAUGAGAAACCACUACCUAGAAGAGGAGCAGCGCAGGCAGUACAGCUUACGGGUGAAAAACAACGAUUUGGAGAAAAUAUAUGUGGAUAUGGCAAAGAUUGUGGGCAUUCCCACCAGGCAGCUGAGAGCUUCUAACCCAAUAGAUUCUCUCUUGUGCUAUUUUUGUCAUAAUGUCUCAUUUCCAUGUACCAAAACUGGCUGCAUUGGUAUGGAGCACUUCAAAGUAAUCAAGAGACAUCAGCUGGAGGAUGAGAGAGAAAGACAGGAAAAGAAACUUUACUUCUUGUAUGCACUAUUGGCUACUCAUCCUCUCCUCAACCAGACUGUCAAUCGACUGCAGCGUAUUGCAGAAGGCAAGAAGGAAGAAGUGUUUGUUCUCUACUCUGCGCAUGAUGUCACCUUGUCCCCUGUUCUCAGUGCCUUGGGCAUUACAGAGGCCAGAUUUCCCAGAUUUGCUGCCAGAUUAGUUUUUGAGCUCUGGCAGGAUGGGAAGAGGCCCAAAGAACACUUUAUCCGCAUCCUGUACAACGGUGCUGAUGUCACAUUCCAGACCUCAUUUUGCAAGGAUCAUUAUAAACGGUCCAGCAAGCCAAUGUGCCCACUAGAAAAAUUUGUCAACUUUGUCAAGAGGGAUAUGUUCUUGAUUUUUAACAGUACUAGCUACUAUGAUGCAUGUCGUAGGAGAGCACUGUAGAGAAGGGAGGAGGAAAGGAGGCAGUGUUAACUUGUGUCAGUGAUCUGUUUUCUGGUGGAGGCACAACUCAGUUUUGUUACUUCUUGUACUUGUAUGUGUAAGUACAGAAGGGUAAUGGUUGAAGCAUUCUUCAAAUAGUUUUAUUUUCAUUCAGGCUGCAGAUGGCCUUAAGUAGAAGAACAAAUGCCAAGGGUUAUGUGUAUGUGUAUGCUCACAAAUGCUGUUAACUGUUGUGAUAAAUCACGUGGGUGAAUGUAACCUGCCGCUUGUUUGAUAGAGUGAGAGAGCAUAGACUUUGUGUUUCUCUGUUCCAGAGCAAUACUUGGACAGCAUAAGUUUAAAGCCAAAAGUACUUUUUUUUUUUUUUCACCACCAUCUCACUGCCAUUUUAAGCAGUUCAUGUCAGGGUCAUGAAUUCUAGGUGUCUACAUUAAUGCAUUUUUAAGGAAAUUUUGAAUUUCCUUACUUGGAGGAAGCCUUCUGAUGUUGUGGGGCAGGUCCGUAAAGCAAAGUGCGUGUAUUUGUGUGUGAAUACUUGCCCGAGCAUGUACAAAUGAGUGUGUGCCUUUUGGCCCUCACAGACCUAGAAACCCUUGGCUAUUGUUGCCAGUGCCAGAGAAGGGUGUACUGGAAAAGGGAUACAAAACUCUACUCUUUGAUCGCACUUUCAGCACUUUGAAUAGUUGAAACACAGUCUAGAAACAUGUAAAGGUCUUGUGGCAUUAAAAUAUAUAACACUAACAGCACCACUAAACCUGAGUGGGAAAUUAGGGUUAGAAAUCAGUUUUAUGGUGAAGUGUUGGGCUCUUUCUCAUUGUGAACACGUUCAAGCUGUUGUGCUGUGGAACAAAUAAGUGUUUUAGGAAUUUGCUAUGGUGACUGCUUGAGACAGCUUGACUAAAUACUGAGAAAAUUUUGUAGUUGAGUUAGUAUUUUUAUGGACUAGGGAGCUCUUCUUUUGUAAGACCAGACUUGUACAUAUUGUACUGUGUAUAUUUAUAACACAGUAGGUCUUUCUUACUUGUUUAGUUUGUAAAGACUUGUGGAGGUCACUUUUUAGACUUUUUUUUCCCUUGAUCAGGAUGUUUAGACUUAAGAAUAAACUGUCUUUUAUGGGUAAUUUGAACAAGGAGUAGAUAUGAAAACCUGUACUUCAGACUGCUUUCAUCUCUGUAGGAGUAGUAAAUUGAGAACCAAUUUUUAAUAGAAUUCAUAGAAAUUUUAUAAUGGUGGAGGUUUUUUAACCUCUAGAAAUAAAUUAGUCUGUGACUUGUGAUUCAAUGGUGCUAGUUUGUCAAAGAAAACAUAACUCGGCAUAAGUUCUCUGACUGUUGGCAUUCCGCUCUCUCUGUUUUCAAUGCUGCAUUUGAACAUGUUUCUUUUAAUAAAAUUCUGGGGUCUCUUUGUA